GUGGAAAAUCGGAUGCAAAAUGUGAAGUUGGUAAGGCCUGUAGUUGUUGGGACUUAUGCCUUUUUACUAUCGCAGCAGGAGAAAAGAAAAUAUGGUAAUAUGACUCAUAAAUGGACUUGUUUGCUGCGAUGCCCUAACUCGUCCGACCUUUCCUUGUUUGUGAAUAAAGUUAUCUUUGAAUUGGAUCCUUCUUUUAUUUACCCUAAGAGAGUUUACACACAGCCCCCUUACGAAGUUAACGAAAUUGGGUGGGGGGAAUUUUACUUGACAGUAAAAAUUUAUUUUGCCGAUUCGACUCAACCGCCUGUCAACAUUGUGCAUUUUGUGAAGCUGAACACAGAAGCCGAAGUGACGAGUCCCCCCUGCGUAGUCAACGAGACAUACGAGGAAAUUAUUUUUAGGAAUCCCACUGUAAGCUUGUACAACAAAAUUGUACAGAGUAACAACACGAAAACCGCACCCCAUAAAUUCCAAGAACAUUUUAUUAAAUAUAACUUUAAGGAAGACCUGUACACAAAAAAGUAUCUUCAAUUUCAGUCGACAGUGCAAGAGGAAAUAUGCGAUCUCAUGUCGGAAGCAGCUCAGUUAUCAAAGGACAUUAACGAAGUCCAACAAAAAUAUUUUUCAAUGAAAGCCGAUAUGGGGGUUAGCAGCGACGAAAAUUAG